AUGGCCUCAGGUACAGCAUACCGGUGCAAGAACUUACAUCUCGAUGUGCUUCAUUUCUUUCCAGACCCAAUCAAGUUCAAGUCGACCGGGAAACUAUACCAAGCUCCACCAAGCAAGGCAUCGAAGACGCGUCGAAGAUCCAAAGCGCUGAUUACUCGGCUUCCACUAGAAAUUCUUCACUUGAUAUUGCUCAACCUGGACCUGACCAGCCUAGGGAUGCUGCGUCGCGUCGACACCACGUCAAGGCGCUUAGUCGAAUCACUCCCUGCGUACCGCUUGUUGAGGAAGCAUGCCCCAUACACGCUGUGUCUCAUGGAUGCUACGAGAUGCUCGUCGCAUUUCCCAAUCCAGUGGAUAUUCACAGAGUUCUGCCAUCCCUGGUGCCGGACAUGUGGCGAAUUUGGCCCCUACCUUUACCUGCCAACAGUCAGUCGGUCAUGCUAUAAAUGCAAUUAUCUCCGACCCGAGUAUCAAGUAGCACCAGUGACUGAUGUUUGCUUGCACUUUGGGCUGACCCAGAAGGACGUCAAGUCACUUCCAAUCACUUACAAUAUCUUACCACCUAAACGCCGUUUAGUCGACAUUACCCAAGCAAAAGCGUUGGGUAGACAGCUACAUGGGAGUUACAAGGCGAUGAGGCAGGAAUACCAGAGGCGUCGGAAGGAACUCGAAGAAAACUACCAACAACGGGUUCAGAAGUGGAAAAGACAAAAGCAACAAGGAAAGUCCGCUCGAUGCCCUUGGCGCCAACCUAUUCCUACUACACUCGGCAUGAACGGAGAGACAUCGUGGAGAAUGCAGGCGACAGUUACAUUUCCGUACUGGGAUCGCCGCACCCAGACAUUGGAGCCGGGCACCUUCUGCCGAGCCUGCACCUAUCACUGGGAGGAGGGAAAGGCGAAGGACUGGAGACGCAUGGAGACCGUAUUCCAUCCCCAUCCUCCUAGCCGUGAGGCCUAUUUCCGGGCUUUUUUGGAGGCUGAACUACCCCAACAUUUUCUACAUUGUGCAGCAGUGAAGGCAAACUAUAAUUUCCGAGAAAUUUUACUAACAAGAACGGGACCUAGGAGAGAAGGAACCGAUUUUGUAGUUGCACCGAAGAAGAUCAUUGCUGGAUGA